GGAAAUCGAGUGAAAAAUAUGAUGACCCAAAAACACAAUAAAGCAAAUAUAAAUAAUUUAAUUGAAAACAGAAUUUAUUCAGCUAACGAAACAGUUUUUUAACCUACGCGCCGCGCAACACACCGCUCACAUACAAAACCAACAAAUACAACAAUACGCCAAACGAACGCGACCAAAUUCGCCAGCAGUCAAAGCCUAUAAAAUUCAUUGGCUGUGCCUGCGCGUAAACAAUGGCCGAAUAAAGACGACAAAAACACGAGUGAAGCUACAAUAAAAACACACACACAAAAACAGCAAAUAGGAUUAAAAGGAAACAUUAAAACCAAUUUCGAAUUGAGCGUAAGCAAAAUAACGGAAAGCAAUAAAACGGCCGAACUCACAAACAGCAGUCAACAGGGAACGCACACCCCCUUUCCCCCCUCCACAACGCGGCAUAGCGUAAAAUGCCAAUAGCAACCAAAAUCGCCACAAAACAAAACUCGCAACAACAGCAACAGCAACAAUCAGCCAACAACACCAUGACCAUGCACGAUGAGAACACUGCAGCAACGCAUGCCAGCAGCAGCAGCCACAACACGACCACAACAGCAACAGCAACAGCCAAUAAUUCACACGCCGCCGCCGUCGCCGUCGCCGCCGCCACCAACCUCAACAAUAGCAGCGCUGCCAAUUUAAGUGGCGGCAUUUCAUCGCUACCGCCACUACAACCGCCACCACCUCCACCGCCCGCGCUGAGCAGCGGCAACCUGAGCAUACUAAACGGUAGCAUUGGCAUUGCCAGCGCUCACGCUCACUCGUCGCAUGCGACGUACGGCCAUGCACCGAGCGCUGUCAUGGCCAGCGCCACCGCCGCCGCCGCUGCCGCCAAUGCGAACAACUACAGCAUGCCUACCUACGCCAAUAUUACCGUUAUUCCCUCGAACAUAGCUGCCGUCGCUGCGUCGAACAUUCAAGCCGCGAAUGCCGUCAAUGCCAAUCCGCCCAUAGCCGUUUUCAUGGGUGGCCUGGCUGGUGGCGCGGUGGCGGCAGCAACGGGCGCCGGUAGAGGUGGUGCUGGUGGUGGUGCCAUUGGUGUGGGCAAUACCAAUGACAACAACAACAAUAUGGAUAACACAAGCGAAGAAUCGAAUGCUGUGACAAUUUACAGGUGCCGGGCCCCAAUAGCGUCACUCGACUGCAUGGAGGAGUUCAGUGGUACGGGAGGUCAUCUUGAUUUCGGCCGUUCGAUAAGUCUGGGUUCGAAUCCGGCACUACCGUUACGCCAUGGCUCCACACCGACGCCCGGAUUGCGCUACAAGAAUCUUGGCAAGAGCGGCUUGCGCGUCUCCAAUGUCGGCUUGGGCACGUGGCCCGUUUUUUCGCCCGGCGUUAGUGACGAACAAGCCGAAGCCAUAUUGCGUUUGGCCAUCGAGAGUGGCAUUAAUUUGUUCGAUAUCUCUGAGGCGCAUUCGGAGACGGAGAUCGGAAAGAUUUUGCAGCGCACCGGCUGGAAGCGUACAGCAUAUGUGAUUACGACAAAGGUCUACUGGAGCACCAAAUCCGAAGAACGUGGUCUUUCACGCAAGCACAUCAUCGAGUGUGUCAAAGCCAGUUUACAACGUUUGCAAUUGCAAUAUAUAGACAUUGUGAUCAUACACAAGGCGGACGCUAUGUGCCCCAUGGAAGAAGUUGUACGCGCCAUGAACUAUGUCAUUCAGCAGGGCUGGGCUAUGUACUGGGGCACCGCACGUUGGUCACAUGUCGAGAUCAUGGAAGCCUACACUAACUGCCGACAGUUCAAUUGCAUAACACCAAUAGUCGAACAAUCAGAGUACCAUAUGUUUUGUCGCGAGAAGUGCGAGCUCUACUUGCCGGAAAUGUACAAUAAGAUUGGUGUGGGUCUAAUGGCUUGGGGACCGCUAUCAAUGGCAUUGGCCGAUACGCAAAAUGGCGAAAAACUAUUUCUGCCAAAGGGUUCAUUCAAAACGAAAAGUCAAAGUUAUUCAUGGACAGAGGAUGAGAUUAACCGAAAUGCGGCCUUAUCGCCACAAGGCAGCUGGGGUAAAGAUCGUGUGGACGAGGGGCGUCGACAUUGUGAUCGCUUGCGCGAUUUGGCAGCACUGGCCGAGAAAUUGGGUUGCAGUCCAACGCAACUCUCGAUUGCUUGGUCACUCAAGCAUGAGCCGGUGCAAUGUCUGCUUCUAGGUGCAACUUCGGCCGAGCAAUUGCAUCAGAGUUUGCAAUCCUUGCAGUUACUGCCACGCCUCUCAACCAGCGUCUUGAUGGAGUUGGAGCGCAUAUUAGAGAAUAAACCGGUGCGGCCGCCAAUGAUAUCGACACUCGCACUUCGGUGACAAUCAGCCUGCCCUCAGGGGCCGCCUAGCCUC